CUCCGCAGAGAAACGUGCGUUUCCCGGUGAGAGAGUCUCCGUUUUUCUCGUUCACAGCAGUGGUCGCGCUCUUCAGUGUCUCCCUCUACCCCAGGUUUUGGGGUCGCCUGAUGUUGAACGAUGAGCUGGAUUGAUGUGGAACUUUGUUCCAGCAGAGCGCAUCUGUUCAUGGUGCAGAGAUUGCUCAGAGCUCAUCCCCAAAGUAUAACCUUACCUGGGAAAGAAGACCAGAAGAGGGAAAAAAGGAGGAAUGGCUCUUUUCCAGGGAUGGCUGACAUUCAAGGAUGUGGCCAUAGAAUUCUCUCAGGGGGAGUGGGAGUGCCUGGACCCCCCUCAGAGGGCCUUGUACAGGGACGUGAUGCUGGAGACCUACAGGAACCUGGUCUCCCUGGGUGAGGACAACUUUCCUACAGAAGUUGGAAGUACUUCUGCUGGAUUUGCAAUCAAGGAAUUAUCACCAAUAGAGGACAUUAAUAAAGGAGAAUUUUACCACUUAGUGAUAUUGGAGAGAAAUGAAAGCCAUGGUAUCAAGGACUUUGAUCUCAGGAAAAUCUGGGAAGAUAGGCAGGAGUUUGAAAAUCAGUGGGGAUAUGAUGCAAGAAAUUACAAACAGGUACCUUUGACCCAUAACAAAAAUGUCACUUGUAGAAUGGACCAGCAACUUAAUCAGUCCUCAGUUACUCUUCCUGAAAAGCAGAGUGUUUCUGUGAGAGAAAAUACAUACCAGUAUUUGAUGCGUGAUGAGCCAUUUGUAAGGACUUUGUUAAAACUGGACAAUAACAUAAGUGAUGCUGGAAACUGCUUGGAAAAUACAAUUGGAUUAAGUUUGCAGAAACACCUGGCUGAACAGCAGAGACUUCACAGUGAGAACAUGUAUGAAUGUAAUCCAAUUGAGAAGUCUGUCAGCAAUGGUUCCUCGGUUUCACCACUUCAAGGAAUUUCUCCCAGUACCAAAAACAUUUGGAAUAAAUCUAGGAAGAUUUUAAAAUAUCAUUCGUUAUGUGCACAAGCCAGGAGAGCAUACACUAGAGGAAAAUCUUACAAAUGUGAUGACUGUGGGAAGGCUUUUAGCAAAAGCUCAAACCUCAUGAGACAUGAGAGAAUUCAUUCCGGACAGAGACCUUAUAAGUGUAAUGACUGUGGCAAAACUUUUUCAGAGCGCUCACGUCUUACUCGACAUAUGAAAAUCCAUACUGGAGAGAAACCUUACAAAUGUAAUGAAUGUGUCAAAGCCUUUAACCGGGUGUCAAGCCUCACCAGACAUCAGAGAGUCCAUACAGGAGAGAAACCAUAUAAAUGUAAUAUAUGUGGCAAGGUCUGUAGUCAAAAUUCAAAUCUUGCAAAUCAUCAGAGAAUGCAUACUGGAGAGAAACCUUACAAAUGUAAUGAGUGUGGAAAGGCAUUUAUCCAUCGUUCACAGCUUUGGAGUCAUGAGAGAGUUCAUACUGGAGAGAAACCUUACAAAUGUAGUGAAUGCAGCAAAGCCUUUUCUGAGCGUUCAAACCUUACUCAACAUAAGAAAAUCCAUACUGGAGAGAAACCUUACAAAUGUAUUGAGUGUGGCAAAGCUUUUAAGCAGUGCUCACACCUUAUUAGACAUCAGAAUACACAUCGUGGAGAGAAGCCACACAAAUGUAAUGAGUGUGGCAAAGCAUUUACCCAAUUUGCAAAGCUUAGUAGGCAUCGGAAAACACACACUGGGGAGAAACCACACAAAUGUAAUGUGUGUGGCAAGGCUUUUACCCGAAAUUCAAACCUUGUGGAACAUCAGAGAAUUCAUACAGGAGAAAAACGUUAUAAAUGUAAUAAAUAUGAUAAGGUUUUCACCAAACGUUCAGGCCUUUAGGUUCAUGAGAGAACUCAUACUGGAGAGAAACCUUACAAAUAUACUGAGUGUGGCAAAACCUUUAGGGAGCACUCACAUCUUACUCAGCAUGAGAAAAUCCAUACUGGAGAGACACCUUACAAGUGUAAUGGUGGCAUUACUUUUACUCAAUUUCCAAAACUUAUUAGGCAUCAGAAAAUGCAUAGUGAAAAGGAAGAAUAUUCUGGCUCCAAACCACACCGGCGGGACUGGGAGGAAUCCAUAGCAGAACCGGAAACCGCCGGGCAAGAACGACUAAGCGACCCGCACACCCCAGGAAAAGGACCGAGUGCGGGGCGGGAUCCAGCACGCCUAGGCUCCGCCCCCACCUGCCACGUCCUCGACCGCCUCGGCCCCGCCCCACGACGCACGCGCAUGGGCGCUUUGCCCGCAAACCCGGAAGCGGAUCGCGCGGAGCAAGGCGCGCGCUCGGAAUCUUACCUGAGAAAGAAGACCGGAAGAAGAGGGAAAAAAGGAGGAAUGGCUCUUUUCCAGGGAUGGUUGACCUUCAGGGAUGUGGCCAUAGAAUUCUCUCACGAAGAGUGGGAGUGCCUGGACCCCGCUCAGAGGGCCUUGUACAGGGAUGUGAUGCUGGACACCUACAGGAACCUGGUCUCCCUGGGUGAGGACAACUUCCCUACAGAAGUUGGAAGCCCCUCUGAUGGAUUUCCAAUAAAGGAAUUAUCACCAAUAGAGGACAUUAAUAAAGGAGAAUCUUACCACUUAUUGAUAUUGGAGAGAAAUGAAAGUCAUGGCAUCAAAGACUUUGAUCUCAAGGAAGUCUGGGAAAAUAUGCACAAGUUUGAGAGUCAAUGGGAGUAUGAUGCAAGGAAUUACAAAGAAGUGCCUUUGACCCAUAACAAAAAUCUCACUUGUAGAAGAGACCAACAACAUAAUCAGUCCUCAGUUACUCUUCCUGAAGAUCAGUGUGUUUCUAUAAGAAAUAAUACAUACCAGUAUUUCAUGUAUGAUGAGCCAUUUAUAAGGAAUUUGUUAAAAUGGGACAGUAACCUGAGUGGUGCUGGAAACCAAUACGUAAACUGCUUGGAAAAUACAAUUGGAUUAAGUCUGGCUGAACUGCAGAGAUUGCACAGUAAGGAGAAAAUAUAUGAAUGUAAUCCAGUUGAGAAGUAUGUCAGCAAUGGUUCCUCAGUCUCACCACUUCAAAGAAUUCCUCCCAGUACCAAAAACAUUUGGAAUAAAUCUAGGAAGAUUUUUAAAUAUCCUUUGUUACCUGCACAAUACAAGAGAGCAUACACCAGAGGAAAAUCUUACAAAUGUAAUGAUUGUGGGAAGACUUUUAGCAAAAGCACAAAUCUCAUGAGUCAUGAGAGAAUUCAUUGUGGACAGAGACCUUACAAAUGUAAUGACUGUGACAAAGCCUUUACGUACCGUUCAAAUCUCACUCGACAUAUGAAAAUCCAUACUGGAGAGAAACCUUAUAAAUGUAAUGAGUGCGGCAAAGCAUUUACCCAGUGUGCAAACCUUACUAGACAUCAGAUAAUACACACUGGAGAGAAACCACACAAAUGUAAUGUGUGUGACAAGGCUUUUAACCAAAGUUCAAGCCUUAUGGCACAUCGGAGAAUUCAUACAGGGGAAAAACCUUAUAAAUGUAAUAAGUGUGAUAAAGCUUUUAUCAAACGUUCAGACCUUUGGUGUCAUGAGAGAACUCAUACUGGAGAGAAACCUUACAAAUGUAGUGAGUGUGGCAAAGCCUUUGCUGAGCAUUCAAAUCUUACUCAACACAGAAGAAUCCAUACAGGACAAAAACCUUAUAAAUGUAAUAAAUGUGAUAAGGCUUUUAUAAAACGUUCAGACCUUUGGGGUCAUGAGAGAUCUCAUGCUGGAGAGAAACCUUACAAAUGUAAUGAGUGUGCUAAAGCUUUUUCCCAUUUUGCAACCCUUAGUACACAUAAGAAAAUACACACUGGGGAGAAACCACACAAGUGUAAUGUGUGUGACAAAGAUUUUGUCCGAAGUUCAAGCCUUAGGAGACAUCAGAGAAUUCAUAUGGCAGAAAAGCCUUAUAAAUGUAAUAAAUGUGGUAAGGUUUUUAUCAAACGUUCAGACCUUUGGAGUCAUGAGAGAACUCAUAGUGGAGAGAACACAUGUAAUGACUGUGGCACAGCCUUUACAGAGCAUUCACAUCUUGCUCAGCAUAAGAAAAUCCAUACUGGAUAGAAACCUUAUAAAUGUAAUGAGUUUGGCACAGCUUUUACCCAAUUUGAAAAAGAAUAGGUUUCAGAAAAUACAUAGUGAAAAGAAACAGUGUAAACCUAAUAUGUGUGGCAGUGCUUUUAUUCAAAGCUUAAGCUUUGGGGAUCAUCAAAGAACUCAUUGUAGAAAGAAACCUUGUCAAUAAAGUAAGCAAGUGUUCAGGGCUUACUCAACAUCAAGAGAUUCCUUCAUGGAGAGGAAUCAUAUGAAACUAACAUAUGUGGCAAAGCUUGUAACCAGGGCUCACACCUCCCCUGAUACCAAGAUGUAAAUGUCUGAAAGAAAGCACGCAAAUGGAAUGUAUGGCAAGGCUUUUCCAAAGCUCAUACCAUGUGGACCAUAAUUCAUUCUAGAGAGAAAAGUUACAAAUGUAAUGAGUAUGAUCUACUUUAUAAAAAUGUACAAUUUUGGGGAGGGGGUAAAAAUAAGUGAAUGAGAUUAAGAGGUACAGAUUUCCAGUGAUAAAAAAAAAUGUACAACUUUGUGGUUGAAAGAAUUCACAUAUAAUGGAACCUAUACAAAUGUGUCAAGGUCUUUACGCCCAGAAACACCCAAGAAUUCAUACUGGACAGAAACGUUACAAAUGUAAUGAAGCUGAUAAUUUGUUUACCCAAGUCUUUCAGUGAACUACAAUAA